AUGGCUACUGCUCAAACUCUUGCAGUCGUAGACAUCCCCGGUCUUCAUCACUCGCCCAACGCUGAUGACUUUGCAGACUCCCGGAACGUCUCUAAUGAUCUUCCCCAGCCUAAGGAGCAGCCAGAGAUAUCUGACACCAUACUCAAGAACUUGGGCGAGCUUUUUGUUCGUCACGACGCCCAUUAUGCCUUCGGCAUCCAUCUUCUGCAUGCUCAUUUCCAGGUCCCUGAAGGCAAUGUCCUGUAUGGGAUCCAAGUCCAGGUUCCGGGCAAUUCCGAAUCUUGUUGGACCAAACCCGUUCCGGCAGAGGAGCUGACCAUCAAGCCUAUUCAUGGCCAUGUCUUUCACUUACAGCCCAAUGGAGCCUUCGUCCCGUAUGAGUUCCAAGAAGGCGAAGCCCCAUCUAAGGCAGCCAUGGUCCCCAAGGCAUUUUUCCAAGAGCUUGCUGAGUUCCUGCAUCUCAACAACCUUGCAGGCUUGGUUGCGCUGCAGCUCUUGGAUGGCCCAAGAGACCGGACCAAGACUGAGCUCCUGGUUGGGCCACAGGGCACUCUGAUGAUGGAUACUAUGGAUGUCCUCGGGCUUGAGCCCGCACAAAUCACCACGGUCUUCCAGGAUUCGAAGCCUCUUCCGACCCUGGAAGCAUUGAAAGCGGUUCUACUUCAGGAAGGAAUCAUCGCCUAA